AUGGAGGCGUACUGUAACAUAGAGCGUCGUCUCGAGGACAAGUUCGACGGGCUCGAGCUCAACCACAUCGCGCGCAAGUACAACGAGGAAGCGGAUGAACUGGCCAAGAUCGCGUCCGGGCGGACCACCGUUCCCCCGAACGUCUUCGCCCGUGACCUCACCAAGCCAUCCGUCGACUUCAAGAAUCCUGCGGAAGCCAUUAGAGCAGCACCCAAACCCUCGGGGGCUGCGACCAUGGAGCCAUCAGCCAAAGACCCCUCGACGGAGGAGUUUGAGGCCAUGGACACUGACAUCGAGACCUCCUCAGUGGACAAGGCUGAAGCAAUGGAGAUCGACGAGGCCCCGCCUCUGCGAGAUUGGCGUACCCAGUACCUCGACUGGUUGAUCCGAGGGGUCCUACCCAUGGACCACGCUUAG